AUGUCUGCUGCUGCUGCUGAUUCUUCCUCUUCUUCUUCUUUCCGCCUUCGUGGCAAGUAUGAUGUCUUCUUGAGCUUUAGAGGGUUAGACACUCGCAAGAUCUUUGUUGGUCAUCUCUACGAUGCUCUACAACGGAAAGCACUCGCGGUCUUCAUAGAUACUGAACAGCUUGGAAAAGGCGAUGUUCUUGGGGUGCUACUGAAAGCUAUCGACGCGUCAAAGCUUUCGGUGGUAGUAUUGUCUGAGAACUUUGCCAAUUCCAAAUGGUGCUUACUGGAACUUGAGAAAAUCGUGGAAUGUAUGGAAACAAAGAAUCAUAUAGUGGUUCCCAUCUUCUACCAAGUAGAUCCUGCUGAUGUUCGUUAUGUGAAGGGAAAGUUUAGCAAAGCGUUUGAAGAACUUGAGCACAAGUCCAGAGGGACUGUUGAAGAACGGAAGAGGUGGAAGUCUGCUCUAACUAGAGCUGGCUACAUUAAUGGCUGGGAUUCCCGCAAAUACGAGAAUGAUGUUAAGCUUAUUGAUGAUGUUGUUAAAGAUAUAUUAAAACAGUUGAGCAACAUCCGGGAAAGUAAAUCCAAUGAUGAAUUGGUUGGAAUGGAUUCCCACAUAAGUGAAAUGAAGUCUCUAUUAAGUGAUCAUAAGCCGGGGAAUGUCUGCGUUGUUGGAAUAUGGGGUAUGGGCGGUAUAGGGAAGACAACCAUUGCUAGAGUUGUUUAUGAGGAUAUGUGUGGAGACUUUGAUCACCAUUGCUUUCUUUAUAAUGUCAAGGAAGAUUUCAAGAGAAAAGGUGAAGCAGGAAUGCUGGAAGAACUUCUAUAUAGAAUCUCAAGGGAAAAUGGGCAGCACUUGAGUUCCAAAACGAUAAUGGAAAGGCUCAGUGGGAUAAAACUUUUUCUUGUUCUUGAUGAUGUGGACAGUUCUGAUCAAAUUGAUGCCCUACUUGGAAAACAAUGUUCAUUUGGUCGUGGAAGUAGAAUCAUUAUAACGACCAGAGAUAAGGGCCUACUUAGAGAAUUUGAUGUAUAUGAACCGGCAUAUUUAGAUAAAGAUCAAGCUCUUGAGCUCUUUAAUAAGUAUGCCUUCAGAACAACUGAACCCUCAACAGAGUACGAUCAUCUCUUACAGCGUGCCAUAAAAUAUGCUCAGGGUCUGCCUUUAGCACUUAAAGUCUUGGGAGCUUCUCUCUAUAAAAAAAGUGUACGUGAGUGGGAAGUUGAGUUUGAAAAAAUAAGGAAAUGCCAGCACCUGGGAAUUGAGGGUGUACUGAGGACAACCUUCGAUGGACUAGAUCAUCUACAGAAAACAGUACUUCUAGAUAUUGCAUGUUUCUUUAGAGGAAUGAAGAAAGACUAUGCAACAGAAAUUCUGGAGGCUUGUGGCUUCUUUCCCAUAAGUGUAUUACCAGUACUGGCUGAUAGAGCUCUAGUGACUAGCACUGGAUACUAUGUUGUGCUGACGAUGCAUGAUUUACUAUUGGACAUGGCCUUGGGAAUUGUCCGUAGAGAAUCAAGCCUCAGUAGGUUGACAAGCCCUGAUGAAAUCGAGGAGGUGUUAACUCAAAUUACGGAUACGAAAGCAGUUGUAAGUAUAGACCUCGACUUAUACCCCUUGAAAGGCAUACGCAUAUAUGCUAAAGCUUUUAUUCACAUGACAAAACUAAGACUGCUCAGAAUCCGAUAUAACCGCUCCAUAGACUUUGUUGAUGAUUAUUAUGGUUCACGGGGGGAAUUAUACCAUCUAAUCGAUGACUGUAAACAACAAGUGAGUGGGGAGUUAAAGUUUCUUUCUCAUGAGUUGAGGUGUCUCAUCUGGCAUGGAUGCCCCCUGAAAUCUUUGCCAUCCAAUUUCAACCCGAAGCAUCUAGUUGACCUUGACAUGCGUUCUAGCCACAUCAAACAACUCUGGAAAGGAACUAAGCUGCUGAAAAAGCUGAAAUACAUUGAUUUGAGUCUAUCCCUAUACCUUAAGGAGACGCCAGACUUAACCGAGGCCACAAUUCUUGAGAAGGUAAACCUUGAAGGUUGUACAAGUUUAUUGGAACUUCACCCGUCCAUCUCUAAUCUUAAGAACCUCCUUUUCUUGAGUCUAAAAGGGUGCAAAGAGCUCAAGAUUCUUCCAAACAGCUUCUCUAUGAAAUCUCUUAAGGUCCUUAAUUUUUCUGGCUGCUCAAAUCUCGAGAAAUUUCCUGAGAUUUCAGAAGUUAUGGCAGAGCUACCACAGCUUUGUUUAGAUAAGACUGCAAUUAAAGAACUGCCUUUAUCAAUAGAAAAUCUUAGGGGGCUAGUCACUUUGAGCCUAAAAGAUUGCAGAGAACUUAAGAGUCUCCCUAGCAGCAUUUGUCAACUCAAAUCCCUUAGAUAUGUUACUCUCUCUGGGUGUUCUAAGUUUAAGGUGUUUCCACAAAUUGUGGGGUUAGAAGAUAUGAAAAGCUUAAGAGAGCUUCAUUUGGAUGGAACGUGUAUCAAAGAGUUUCUGCCGUCAAUAUUAGCUCUUAAAGAACUUGUUGUUUUGAGUCUAAGAGAUUGCAAAGAGCUUAAGAGUCUUCCUAAUAGCAUUCAUAUGAAAUCUCUUGACACACUUAUUCUUUCUGGAUGUUCCAACCUUCAGAAGUUUCCAGAGAUUUCAGAAAAAACGCAUAGGCUCUCAGAGCUUCAUUUACAUGAUAUUGCAAUUGAAGAACUGCCGCCGUCAAUUACAAAUCUUUGCCAGCUGGAAUCUUUGAUCCUUAAAGAUUGUGAAAAACUUAAGAGUCUUCCAAGCAGCAUUUAUCAACUUGAGUGCCUCAGUACAAUUACUGUCUCUGGUUGUUCAAAGUUUAAGGUGUUUCCUCAAAAUACAAAUUCUUUGGAAGGACUACAAAAACUAGUUACAUUGAGGCUAGAAGAUUGCGGAGUACUUAGGAGUCUGCCGAGCAGCAUCUGUCAGCUCAAGUCCCUUAGAUAUGUUGCUCUCUCUGGUUGUUCAAAGUUUGAGGUGUUUCCAGAAAUUUUUGAAGAUAUGGAAGAAUUAAGAGAGCUUCAUUUGGAAGGAACGUCUAUCAAGUACCUUUCCCCAUCAAUUCAACGGCUUAAGAGGAUUAUGUUAUUGAACAUGAGUAACUGUAGAAGCCUCAUCUGUCUUCCUGACAAUAUCUGCAAUUUGUCAUACCUUACAGGUCUCACUCUCUCAGGGUGCUUGAAUCUCCAUGACUUGCCCAAGAAUUUGGGAAAAUUAGAAUAUUUGGUGGAUCUUGAAGUACAGGGAAGUGGUAUAAAGCAACCGUUCUCUCUUUUAUAUCCAAAGAAGUCACCUUCAUCAUCAGCCAAUUGCUUGGUUGGCAUGGAUCGCCAUAUAAAGAACAUGCAAGUGCUAUUAUGUCCUGAUCAGGUGGAUGAUGUUUGUGUUGUUGGAAUAUGUGGAAUUGGUGGGAUCGGCAAGACAACCAUUGCUACAGCUGUAUAUGAUGAAAUUGCUUCGCAAUUUGAACACCAUUGUUUUCUUCAGAAUGUCAAGGAAGGUUUCACAAAGCAUAGUGAAGAACAAAUGCAGGAAGAACUUCUGACUAGAAUCUUAAAGGUGAAAGUACAGAGUUUAGGCAUUUUGAAUAGAGGCUCCAAUAUGUUUAUUGAAAGGCUAGGUAUGAAAAAGGUUCUGGUUGUUCUUGAUGAUAUAGACGAUAAAAUCCAGAUUGAAACUUUGCUUGGAAAGCCAUAUUCACUUGGUGGUGGGAGUCGGAUCAUUGUGACUACUAGAAAGGAAGAAAUAUUGAGUGGAUUCAAAAUAUAUCAUCCCCGGCUAUUAGAUGAUGAAGCUGUUGAACUGUUCAGACAUUUUGCCUUCAGAACCAUCAAACGCUCAAGAAAGUAUGAUGUUCUCUCACAUCGUGCCUCAGAACAUGCUGAAGUGCCUUUAGAUCUUAAAGUCUGGGGAGCUUUUCUUUUCAACAAAAGUAUACAUGAGUGGGAAGAUGCCUUGACAGAUAAGCACACAGUUUAUUGGGUGCUAACAACUCACUUUUAUGGCCUACAUUAUUCAGAGAGGAACAUAUUAAUAGAUGUUGCAUGGUUCUUUGAAGGUAUGAAAAAAGAGUAUGCAUCAAAAAUUCUGCACAGUUGUGGCCUCUUUCCCUAUAGCGCAUUAAGAGGUCUAACUGAUAGAUCUCUCAUAUCUAUCUCAGAAAGGGAUGGGACUAUCAAAAUGCAUGAUUUACUGCAUGGGAUUGUUCGGGAUUGCGUUCGCCAUGAAGAUGAACAUGAACCUGGGAACCGCAGUAGGUUAGAGGGUUACCAGGGAAUUAGGUGUCUGUCAACUCAAGAUCAGGUUACUAAAGCAGUUCAAGUUAUAACCCUUGAUCUGUCAAACUCAAAAGAGGUAUACUUCAUCGCAGAGGCUUUUGUUACUAUGAAGAAAUUAAGACUGCUCCAAAUUUAUGAUAACGGCUCCAUUAACUGCAAACAACAUCUGAUUGGAGAGUUUGAGUUUAUUUCUCAUGAGUUGAGGUGUCUCAUCUGGCAUAGAUGCCCCGUAAAGUCUUUGCCAAACAAUUUUAACCCAACGAAUCUUGUCGACCUUGACAUGCGUUUUAGUCGCCUUGAACAACUUUGGGAAGGAACCAAGCCUCUGAAAUACUUGACAUUCAUCAAUUUAAGCCACUCUCAAUAUCUCAAGGAAGUCCCGGACUUGACCACAGCUACAAAUCUUGAGAAGCUAGUUCUUGAUGGUUGUACAAGUUUAAUUGAGGUGCAUCCAUCGAUUUGGGAUAAAAAAAAUCUCAUUCUCUUGAGUCUAAAAGGUUGCAGACAACUUAAGAUUCUUCCAACCAACAUCCAUAUGAAAUCUCUCAAGAUCCUUGAUCUUUCUGGCUGCAAGAAUCUUGAGAAGUUUCCCGAGAUUUCAGAGGUUAUGAUGGAGCUAGAAGAGCUUGGUUUAGAUGAGACUGCAAUUCAAAAACUUCCCUCGUCAAUUGAACGGCUACAGAGGCUUAAUGUAUUAAGUAUGAGAAACUGCACAAGUCUUUUCUCUCUUCCGUACAGCAUCUGUAGUUUGGCACACCUUACAUUUCUCAAUCUGUCAGGGUGCUCAAAACUUUCUGACUUUCCUGACAGCUUGAGGAAUAGACAGUCAUUGACAAUCAGUGGUAUAGAAGAACUCACAUUCGGUAUGAGAAGCAAAGAAAUAGAGAACGAGGUUUCAUCAGACGAGUUCUUCAGUCUCUCCGAGAAUUCAUCAGAGUCGGGGGAAGAGGUUGAUGGAAAAGAAGAGAAAGCGGAGAUGGAGGGGGUAAUGCAAGCAGAUGAUUGCUCCGCAAGAGGAGGGAUGUUGGGUGCCUAACGCUGCUGCUUUAGUUGGCUGCAAGAAGAGAGAGAGACUGAGUCGCCGGUUUCAGGGGAUUGUGUAAGAAUCGUUACAUUAAUUAGCUGUAUAGAUAGGUCUCCACACUUCCCUUUCACUGAAUAUUAUGUCGGUGCUCCUCCCGCUGCCUUGAGGAGUCAACUGCAGCUAUUUUUUUGUUCAUUGAUCGCAAGUAGUCGUUUGAGCAUCUAUAGUACAGUACUCGCCAACAUGCUGCUCCCUCUGUCACCACCAAACCUAUCACUGUUAGAGAAACCUCAAACCACCACCACCCGGCCUGCCACCUCCUCUUCCACCACCUUUGUACCCCUGCACAACUUGUACUGAUGUUAUCUUGUUGAACCGAGUUUCCACUUCUCUGCCGAGUGGCGACAACUCUUUAUCAUCA